AUAGCAUUGUCAUCUCAUUGUCAUUGUUAUCUAUAGCAUUGUCAUCUCAUGUUGUUUGCAUGUCUGUAUAAAAAUCUGUCAGCACAAAACCUGCAGUCAGUACUCAACUAUAGCUAUAUAGAUCUUGCAUUUCUGCCUGAGAACCAACCCUAAGAUAUAUUAUUCUCAGAAUGGGAGGAGGCAAAUCGAAAGGACCAUCGCUGAAAACCUGCAUUAAAUGUGGGCAAAUGUCGCCAGUUGGAAACACCUUCAAGGACAUGUGUAAAAGUUGUGUUGAGCUCAAGAUUGAAAGAGAUAGAGCAGAGAUACAGAGAAACAAAGAGAAAAAUGAAGUGGAGCGUGCACAACUUCUGGCUGAUUUAGAAAAGCGAAAAAGAGAAGCUGAAUUAGAAUUAAAAGAACGAGAAGUAAGAUUAGAGAAGGAAAGACGCGAGAAUGAAAUUGCUGCUAAAAAAGCCGAACAGAUGGCGCUUCUCGAAGUCAAAAAGGAGAAAUUGAAAGCAGACCAUGAAAAAGCUUUGCAAGAAGACAAGGAGAAACACCUAGAAAUAAAACGGCUCUUGGAUGCUGAGAUGAAUAAACUCAAAGUUGAUGAGGAGAGGGUGCGAUUGGAAUGUGAGAAAAAACUCAAAGAUGUUGAGCUUGAAGAAAUAAAGAGACUUGCUGAAAUGAGAGCCGAGCAUGAAAAGCACGAAAAAAAACAAGCUCUGAAGCAUGCCGAAGAGAUCCACACACUAAAAAUGGAGAUGGAUAAAAAAUCACAAGAGCAUGACCAAGAGAUGGAGAGACGAAGAGUUGAGAUUGAAGCAAAAUUCAGUGAGAGGGCAUCUGCUACAUUUGUGAUGAACAAGCCAUCAGGAGAAACUGCUAAACUCUCCAUCACAAAUGACCUUAAUCCAGCACUUGCUGCUCUGAUAUUCGAUAGAAUGGCUGGUACGGGAAAGCAAGAAUCAAUUCAAGCACCUAGUUGGACGGAAGAACCUGUACAAGGACGGAAUGAAAAACCUUCUGGUCAAAGUGUACCCAAUUAAAUCUCCGUGAAGUCUUUUGUAGAUAAUGUAAAUUUCAUACAAACUCUAGGUUGUGCAGAGGUGUUGUGUUGUCUAUAGUAGUUGCCAUCAGUAUACCCGUUGCCCAACCCCACUGACACCACUUCUUGUGGUCAGAUAAUUAACUUUACGUUGCUGUAUAGAGUAUAAUUUAUUAGCACCAAAUAUU